AGUUGUGAGUCGUGAGUGGCGGUGUGGGGUGUUGCUCGGGCCAGCUGGUGUCUGACGGCACGCGCCCGGUCUUAGCUCGCGCAGUCUUCCGACAGCGGUCAACAUGCCUCCCUGGCUGGCCGUCGUGGCGCUAAUGGCGCUGCUGCGGCCGGCGCCUGCCACGCUGGACGAUUUCUACUUCUCGCGUCACCCGGAGAACCUGGUGGUACGAGAGGGCGGCAGCGUCGACCUCGAGUGCAUGGUCUCCAACACGAGCUUCAUCAGGUUCUACUGGCAGCUGGACGGCGACAUGGUCAUGAACACGAGCCGGCGCUUCCAGCGCGGCAGCGAUCUGCACAUCGCGCGCGUGGACCGUCGGCUGGACGGCGGACACUUCACCUGCAUCGCCAUGAAUGUGACGACCGGCUUCAGUCUGACCAGCCUGGCGGCCUCGCUCAACAUCCAGUGGAUGGACCCGUCGACCCGCGUCCAGCUGCAGUCGCCCUCCUCGCCGGCGGCCAUCGUGCCCGGCUCUGACGUCACACUGCGCUGCCGCGCCGACGGAUCCGGUGACGUCACUUACCAGUGGUUCCGCAACGGCGUGCGACUGACACGAGCACCGCGCCGCGCGCUGCGCAACAAACGUCUUCAGCUGAGCGCCGUCCGGCCGGCCGACAACGGCGUCUACUCGUGCCGCGCCGCAAACGCUGCCGGCAGCGCGCACAGUGACGUCACCUUCCCGCUCAUCGUGCCCGGUCCUGACGCGCCGCAGGUGACCACGGUCCCGCGGGACCAGCUGGUCCGCCGCGGGACCACGGCCACCUUCAGAUGCCACUACCGGAACGCCGAGACCACCGAGUGGUUCCUCGGGGACCGAGGACCACUGACGUCAUCGGGGAAGUACACGGUACUGUCCAACGGUACGCUGCUGGUGUCGGACGUCUCGGAGGCAGACGUCGGCUGGUACCACUGCGUCGGACGACAGUCGGCGAACGAGGCCAACCCACAGACCUACAGCGCCCAGCUAAUACUGGCCUACCUGGAGCCGCUGACUGCCCGCUCAGUGGAGCCGCCGCCGCCGCUGCCCCAGCUGUACGUGGUGCCGGCGGGCCGCCCGUUCCAGCUGAGCUGUCUGCCGCCCGAGGGCCGGCCCCCGACUGCCGUCUGGUGGGAGGCUCCCGAUGGAGCCGUGCUCGGAAAACCGCGCAAGGAGCCGGCCGUUCUGUCUCUGGACCUGGCCCGUCAGAGCCACUCGGGAAACUACAGCUGUGUAGCUGAGAACCUCUCCGGCACCAGCAGCCUGCAGGUUCAGGUGCUCGUCACAGCUCCCCCGGAACUGGCGGCGGGGCCGUCUAACGUCAUCACAGAGGAGGGUCGACCCGCCGAACUCAGCUGCCUAUUCAGGGACCUGCAGCGACGCUUCGCCACCGUCACCUGGAUGAAGGACGGACAACCGGUCAGCACGCCCAGCAAGGUGACUGAGGACAGCGACACACUGGUGAUCCCAGUGUCGGAGCUCUCUGACGCCGGCCAGUAUCAGUGUGUGGUCAAUGCCACCGGGUUUCAGCCAGUUGUCUCCCCGGAGGCAACACUCACCGUCCGAGAGAAGCUCAAGUUCUCUCCGCGGCCGGUGAGCCAGGCCCUGGAGCUGGACAAGCCGGGCCGAUUGCACUGCCGGGCGGCUGGCAGCUCGAAGCCUACCGUGGGCUGGGUGCGAAUCCUGCCCUCCGGCCGGCCGCAGUUCGAGUGGCCCCCGCACGUGACAGACGUGAACGGGACGCUGCAGUUCAACCCGGUGCGGGAGUCGGAUGGCGGAGAGUACAGCUGCGUGGCUACCAACGCGCAGGGGUUCAUCAACGCGACAGUGAACCUGACUGUGGUCGUGACUCCCAAGUUCCUGACACCGGCUCGCACUCCGCUGGAGGCGGUGGUCGGUCGUUCGGUCCUCAUCGACUGUCAGGUGUACGGUCGGCCGGAGCCCAGCGUUCAAUGGGACAAGGACUCCAAACUGACCGGUCUCGACGACUCCAGGGUGGUGGUGCUGAAGAACGGCAGUCUGUACAUCAAGGAGCUGCGUUAUGAGGACGAGGCGCGCUACGGCUGCAUCGCCGGGAACAGCGGAGGGUUCUCCCGUCAGGAGACCCAGCUGCUGGUCAGGUCCUCCGAGUCGGACCUCACCCAGCGCGCGAUGACGCCCGGCGUGGCUUCCGAUGACGGCGGUCUGAUGACGCGCACGGUGCUCAUCACGGUGUCAGCCGCUGCCGCCUACCUGGUGCUGGUGGCCGGUCUGAUGGCCUGGUGCCGCUACCGGCGCAUCAAGAGGAAGCAGCAGUACCUACGCACCGCAGCAGAGGGCACCAGCGUACUCCUGGAUAAGACGGAUGGCGGCGGCAGUAGCGGUGGCGGCGGCGGCUGUCCCCGGGCGCGGUACAUCCAGUACCCGGGCGACCUGGCUCCGUCAGACAGCGCCUCGUGCGGCUACCACAGCCCCUCUGUUCAGACAGCCGGCUACCACAGCUACCAGAGUAUCCGGUCCGACUGCGAAGCGCCACCCAGCUGUGGACGCACCUCCGCGGCGGGCGCGUCCGACCGGUCCCGGCCUGAGAGACAUCAGCUGCAGCCCGUCAUGCCGCUCGGUCACGGCGAUUUCGGCGAGGUAUACCUGGCGCGGGUGAAGCGUCGAAAGCGCUCUGAGCGGGGUGGUACGUCCGAUUCUGACCACCCCAUCGUCAUGGUGAAGACCCUGCAGAACCGACAGCCGCACCUGGAGACGGAGUUCGCUCGCGAGGCCGAGCUGCACGGCCUGGUACCGGGCCACCGGGCCGUGGCCGCGCUGCUGGCCCACUGUCACGAGCAGCUGCCCCAUCUGAUGGUCGUCGAGUACACCGACUGGGGUGACCUGAAGCAGUUUCUGCUGGCGACUCGGCCCGACUCGAGCCGGGGCGGUCCGCGGCCUCCUCCACUGAGCGCGGCUCAGGCUACCAGUGUGUGUCACCAGGUGGCCGCUGGACUGGCGCACAUCCACAGCCACGGCUUCAUACACAGGGACGUGGCUACACGCAACUGCCUGAUCACCAGCGGGCUGGGUGUGAAGCUGAGCUGCGGGAGGCUCUCGCACGACACGUACAGCGCUGAGUACUGCCUGUUGCGCGGCCGUCGGCUGCCGCUGCGCUGGCUGCCCGCCGAGGCCGUGCUGCGCGACCAGAUGACCAGCCGCGCCGACUGCUGGGCCUGGGCCGUGCUCUGUUGGGAGGUGCUGCGACGUGCAGAGCUGCCCCACGCCGGCCUCUCCGACGAGCAGCUGGCCCGCGCCGGGCCGCCGCCGCUCUCUGUGCCGGCCGAGGCGCCGGUGCACCUCGCCGCAGCCAUGCACCGCUGCUGGGCGCCGGCCGUGGCAGAUCGGCCAGACAUGGGACACGUGCUGGACAUGCUGUCUGGACCGCCAGACGGUGAACCGUGAACAGGGUACGCAGCCAGGGGACGGAGGACCGGCGGAGAGGACCGUAUUGGUCCUCAGACAGGGUGAUUUGGUGGACCGCUGAGGAGGAACAGUGGUCCGCAGUGUUUUUGCUUGUGUGUCUACCAGUAGCAAUGUCAGGACUAAACACAUGCGGGCUCGUGGGUGCGAUAGCGGAAGUGCAGCCAUUUAAUAUCUAUGUAGUAUGAUUAUGUGGUUAGAGGAAGUGAAUGGUCACGUGUAAUUACUGUCUUAUAUGUUUGUUAGAUCCGUAUUACAACGCUGUCAUUAUAAAAUGGCGGCUUAUAUGUGCGUCAAGAGCGGUUAGCCAGGGUAACAGUGGUUUUAUUUUUCGCCAACUUGGACAGAGACAGUCCACAAUCUGCCAAGGAGUCCGAGGUGGAAUCAGUUUGCGCUAUGCGGAGUGUCCGUUGGAGUCAGGCAGCGAGUCACUGAUGGAGUCGGGUGGAUUUAAUUGGAACGUUAGUAGUCAGCUGGAGUUGGAAAUCGUCUAUAUCCUCCAACCGCUGUGCAGUGCUGCUUCACUGGCAGCCGAGCGGUAUGCUCCCAGAGGACUCAGUGUUGCACGGGGUAGUCCUGAGGACACUUCCUGUCCUGUACGUGUCCUAAGGACACCAGCGGCUUUGGACUCGGCUAAGCCGUCACGUCUCUCUGUUGAACUGUUCACCACUCGUAUUCGCCGGGUCAGUUGCCUUGUCGCCUCACUAUUGGACGACCUUAUGCGACAUGAUGCGCCAACACUCGUGAUCAGCGCUCCCGUUCACGUGCAAUGUGAGCUUGCUUCAGCGGGAUUCCGCACUAUGCGAUUGUGUUCUCGUGUAUUUUCAUGGUUAUUGCUAGUCGUGCCACGCAUGUGUCACUUGAUUUGCCGUACGAUGUUCGGAGGAAUGGAUGUUUAUUUGUUUUGCAUUCGUAUACUGCUGAUCUACAAUCGAGAGUCUAACAACGAACGUGCUGAGCAGA